CCCAAAACGAAGAGAAAGCUAAAAUUUGAAAAUGGCGGGAUCUGUGGUUGCAUUAGCGAGCGAACACAUGGAGAAGCCGGUGACCGCCAUUGCAGACCAGUGGGAGGUUGAGUACUCUCGAUUCUUCAACUAUCCUUCUCUCUCCUCCACUUUUCCCACUCUCAUUCCUCUCCCCGACGUCCGAAGAGACCGCUUCAGAGGCACUUGGAUCUCUUCAUCUUCCACCGCAUCUCUCAAUAUCACUGCCGAUCACUCCAACUCCGAUUUCAUUCUCACCGUCAAUUUCCUCGGUAAAAUCCACGAGGAGCAUUACAUUUCCAAGCUGUAUUUCUCCUGGCCUCACGUGUCAUGCGUAUCUGGAUUUCCUUCUAGGGGUAGCAGAGUUGUUUUUGUAAGCUAUAGAGAUUCUUCAGGCCAGAUCCAGAAGUUUGCGUUUCGGUUUUCAACAACCUGUGAAAUAGAAGCAUUCAUGAAUGCUCUGAAGGAGAUUUUGGAGGAUGUGAGGGACACUGGGCUUCCACGUAGCAACUUUGCAUCCGAAAUGUCAUACCAAUCCGAUUUUGUUCCUUCUGAUGAACCGUACAGACCUAAGGAAGACUGGAGUGCGACAGCUACGAUAGACUCAUGUACCUAUCAGAUGCAGUCAAGCUCGAAAUAUGAAGGUGGUCAAAACUCAAAUUGCCAGAAUGCUGUACUAAAUGGUGAUAUUGAAAGCAUUUUUGCAGCAUUCCCUCCUGGCUUCACGUCAUUGAUGAUGAGCUGUCAACCUGUGGCCGAACAAGCUAUAGCACAGCCAACUGAACCUGAGGAUAAUGAUCUUAGAUAUCAAAUCACGAGAUAUUUGGGAGAUAAAUCCUUCCAAGAUAUAUUGUGCAAAGUAGUGAAAGUUAUGAAUGAAAUUGGAGAUGAUUUGCUGCUGUGACCGACCAUAUGCUGCUUUCACCCCAUGAGCUGGACUUUUGCAACAUCUAACCCUGAGAAGGGUUCACUAAAUGUUCCUUUUGUCGUAACAUACUCGGUACAUAAAUGAGCAAUUUUUCCAUAUGAUGCUGUUCACCGGAAUUUCUUUCAUAACACCACCAUUUUGCUUUGUAUUAUGUUCAAACUUAUUUGUUCAGUGUUAUAUCCAUUACAUGUUCCUCUUUUCUGACAGAUUCUAGUAGCAAUUGAAAAGAA